AGGCAAAGGUAAGAAUCUCUGGAUUAUCUAUCUAAUGUUAGUUAAAUGUAGUAAUUAAUAAAUUGGCUACAUUUCUUUAAAUGGGACAAUUCUGUAAACUGUCUUGUGCAAGUUUUAAAUUGACAUAAUACCUGUAAACAAAGGUGUCAGGUAGAUAUGAUGUGCAGGAGCUUGCAUGGAUUUGUAGUUUUGCAUUAUGUCUACUUUAAUGCUGAUUAGCAUUUUCAAAUAUGAGAGUAAAUAGAGCCGAAUAUAUCGAUAAAAGUCACCUUGUCCAAGAGAGAUUUACAUGGUUAUCAAAAUGUAACCCCAGGGUAAGCCUACAGGAAACACUGCCCUGGCCUCAUAGACAACCUUUUAACUACUUACUACUUUUUUGCUAUUUAGCAACUACUUGGCAUGUUAGCUAACCCUUCCCCUAACCCAAACCCUUUAACCUAACUCCUAAACUUAACCCUAACCUUAACCCCUAGCCCAGCUAACGUUAGCCACCUAGCUAGAAUUAGUAACAUCAUACGUUUAGCAAAUUCGUAACAUAUAGUACGAAAUGGGUGAUGGAAAUCCACAAAUGAAUACAUACCAUUUGAGUGUUGUGGAUUUAUGUACAGAAUAAUAUGAAAUGCUAUGAGACCAGGUUGAAAAAAUGAAUGGUGGAAAAACGAUGCUGUUCGAUGCUAGGUUUUAUGGGUAUUAUGACACCUCCACUGUGGGGAUCUAUUAACCACUAUGCUAAGUGUGCAAGCAUUAUUGUCUGGUAUUUAUUGUGGCACAGAAUAAACGCUAAAUGGAAAGGUGCUUGAUAUUGUGGAGAAUAAUUUCCCCUCUGUUUAAGGCAUAUGUGAAAUUGAAACUAAAACGCAGACUGAAAACAACUGAAACAAUCCAUUCCGUGGAAAGAUCUCCGCGAAUUCGCUGGUUUGACAUCGCUCACCGUUUAAUUAAUAAGUUGUAGAUUAAAAACAAUUAUAGACGACAAAAAUUAUGCUUAGAACGUGCGUGUUCGUCAUGGCUGUAGGUCUAUGCAUUGACAUAACCACAUUUUACGCCACGGGUUUUGGCGCAUCAAUUUCCAAAACUGGACCAAUAAGUUUUGAUGUUUUCGGAAAUCUGGUGCGUCUAUGGGUUGUAGCGGGGAUUCGAUUAGUUCUACUAUUUGGUGUAUCGCUACUCACACUAGGAUCGAUUAAACCCGUAUUGAAGCGCUGGUUAGCAGUGCACUGUUUCCUUGCCCCGGUCUACGAGACCGGGCGACUGAUGCUGCAUGGAAGUUCACCGGAGAGCGCGUAUGGAUCGUUGGGGGGUCCAAGUUUGUGGCUAUUGUGUACCGCGGCAGCAGCUGCAGCAGCCCUGUUUUGGGAGAAAACAUCCCCUGACAGCAACGAAGAAAGUAACGGGAAAGAGAAGAAACAGAAGGCACGAGUGCUGUUCAUGAGAGUCCUCCACUUCUACAGACCUGACACCCUCCUUUUGGCUGGAGCGUUUAUAUUCCUGUCACUGGCUGUCGUCUGUGAAAUGUUCAUCCCAUUCUAUACAGGAAAAGUGAUUGACAUCUUGGCUUCCCAGUACAAGUGGAAUGACUUUCUCACAGCUAUCAUCCUCAUGGGCCUCUGCUCUUUGGGAAGCUCUUUCAGUGCAGGCUGUCGAGGAGGCCUCUUCAUGUGUGCCAUCAACAGCUUCACCUGCAGAAUUAAAGUAGAGCUGUUUGGGGCCCUGGUGAAGCAGGAGAUUGGCUUCUUUGAGACCAUCAAGACAGGUGACAUCACGUCCAGGCUGUCCACAGACACCACUAAGAUGGCCCGGGCGGUGGCCCUGAAUGUCAACGUCCUACUGAGGACCCUCAUUAAGAUUGUGGGUAUGCUGUCGCUCAUGAUGAGCCUGUCCUGGAAGCUCACUCUGCUCAUGCUGAUGGAGACGCCCGUCACCGGCCUGCUGCAACGCGUCUAUGACAACUAUUACCUGAGGCUCUCUAAGGAGGUGCAGGACUCCAUGGCCAGGGCGAACGAGGCAGCGGGAGAAACAGUAGCAGGAAUCCGGACCGUGCGAAGCUUUAACACAGAGCGGAGUGAGGCUGGUCGUUAUGACCACAGGUUGAUGGACACCCACAAUCUCAAGACCAGGCGGGACACCAUCAGGGCAGUGUACCUGCUCCUGAGAAGACUAACAGCGCUGGUAAUGCAGGUGGCCAUGCUGUACUAUGGCAGACUGUUUAUCCAGCGAGGUCAGAUGAGCACUGGGAACCUGGUCUCUUUCAUCCUCUACCAGUCUAACCUGGGAACCAACAUCAGGACUUUGAUUUACAUCUUUGGGGACAUGCUGAACUCGGUGGGGGCGGCUGGUAAGGUGUUUGAGUAUCUGGACAGAGAGCCCCAGGUCAGCAUCAAGGGGACCCUCCAACCAGAGACCUUGUCUGGACACGUCCAUUUCCACAACCUCUCCUUCUCCUACCCCACCCGCCAGGAGCGCAAAGUACUGCAGGGAUUCUCUCUGGAGCUGAGGCCGGGUCAGCUGACUGCUCUGGUGGGGCCGUCAGGAGGGGGGAAGAGCACCUGUGUCAGUCUGCUGGAGAGGUUCUAUCAGCCUCAGCAGGGAGAGAUCCUAUUGGAUGGACAGCCACUGCACAGCUACCAGCACCACUACCUACACAGGAAGGUGGCCAUGGUGGGCCAGGAACCUGUUCUGUUCUCUGGGUCCAUCAAGGACAACAUUGCCUACGGCCUGGCAGACUGCUCUCUGGAGAGGGUGCAGGAAGCUGCUCGCAGAGCCAAUGCCCACAGCUUCAUCAGCCAACUGGAGAAGGGUUAUGACACAGAUGUAGGAGAGCGGGGUGGUCAGAUGUCCGGUGGUGAGAAGCAGCGUAUUGCCAUCGCCAGAGCUCUGAUCAGAGAGCCACAGGUCCUCAUCCUGGACGAGGUUACCAGCGCACUGGACACUGAGAGCGAACACAUGGUCCAGGAGGCCCUGGCUAGCUGCCCAGCCCAGACCCUGCUGGUGAUUGCUCACAGGCUGAAGACCAUCGAGAGGGCAGAUCAGAUCAUUCUGAUUGACCAGGGAACCGUCCUGGAGCAGGGCACUCACCAGGAGUUGAUGGACAGGAAGGGGGGCUACUACAAACUAAGAGAGAGACUCUUCACCGAAGAUGACACGUCACAUUGACCAAAGAAAUCCUACUGUUUGAACUGUAAAUAUUGAUGUCAUUUUCUCACUUUCACUCUGACCAAUACUCACAACCUCCCAAUAUACUGUAAAUUACAUGUACAUCAAAAAUGUAUUUAAAUAUUGAAUAUAGUUAGGUAUAUAUUUUUUCUUCAUAGGAGAUGGACACUUCUGUUGGUGACAUUUUAUUAUGUUGUAUGACUCUAGGAGUGUUUUAUUUUUUAUUUUAUUGUAUUCUUACUAUUCUUCUAUUUCUUAAUGUUCGAUGAAGAAAUAGAAGGGCAAUGAGUGACCCACAUUAUAAAACCAUUUAUGAUAUUCUGGAGCAAAGGUCUAUUAUGUUGUCUACCCAAGGGAAUAAAUGAUCUAUUAAACAUUUUAACCUCUCGCUAAACCACCUCUAAUUUAAUUUGACGCUUGUUUUACAUUUCCUGUACACUUCCAUACCCAUUGUUGUGAAUGCUUUUGUCGUAUAGUAUAGUAUUUUUGUAGUAUGUAUCAGUGUGACAGACUUGUCUACAGCCAUUUUGUGGCAAAGUGUAGCCUAAGCAUUGGCUUAGAGAUUAAAUGUUUUCCAGUA